AUGCUCAGCAGGUGUGGCAGCAGGCUCAUCACCGCUGAGGCCAUUGCUGCUUGUAUUCCCUUCUACAGGGAUUACACCUUCAACAAGCUGCGCCGCAGUCAAGAGCGCCAAGUCGCGGGUGCCUCGUUCCGUGUGCGCCGUUCCGAUCCGGUUUUGAGCUCACUAGAAGCAUUCAGUCAGCCGAUGCUGAUUUCGAUUCCGGUCAAUACCGCCGACAUCCUCGACCAAUUCCCGGCUUCCGAUUUCUUCCACGGUCUUCGAUCGGAUUUGCGGUGCAUCAAGUGA